UGCGCGCAGCUCUGGAGCUGCAGCAGCUGUGGCGGAGGACCCAGCUGCUCCGCUCGCCAGCCGGGGGACGCCGUGCCGCCCGCCCCCUGCAGCCUGUGCUGCAGCUGCUGGCCACCGGAGGGGGCGAACAAACGUCAACCUGUUGUUUGUCCCGUCACCAUUUAUCAACUCUAGCACCACAAGGAAGUGCGGCACCCACACGCGCUCAGAAAGUUCAGCAUGCAGGAAGUUUGGGGAGAGCUCGGCGAUUAGCACAGCGGCCGGGGUAAUCGCUGGGCAAGCGCAGGCGGCAGGAGCGAGGCACGGCGUCGAUCCCGGAAGCCUCUCCCGGAUUUUUCUUGGAGCGACGCUGUCCCUAAGUUGCUGAUCCCAAUGCACCGGCUCAUCCUCGUCUACACUCUAGUCUGCGCAAACUUUUGCAGCUAUCGGGACACUUCUGCAGCUCCGCAGAGCGCAUCCAUCAAAGCUUUGCGCAACUCCAACCUUAGGCGAGAUGAGAGCAAUCACCUCACAGACUUGUACCGAAGAGACGAAACCAUCCAGGUGACAGGAAAUGGCCAUGUGCAGAGUCCCCGUUUCCCAAACAGCUACCCUAGGAACCUGCUUCUGACGUGGCGGCUUCAUUCCCAGGAGAAAACAAGGAUACAGCUAGCCUUUGACAACCAGUUUGGAUUAGAAGAAGCAGAAAAUGAUAUCUGUAGGUAUGAUUUUGUGGAAGUUGAAGAUAUAUCUGAAACUAGUACCAUUAUUAGAGGACGAUGGUGCGGACACAAGGAAGUUCCUCCAAGGAUAACAUCAAGAACAAACCAAAUUAAAAUAACAUUCAAGUCUGAUGACUACUUUGUGGCUAAACCUGGAUUCAAGAUUUAUUAUUCUUUUGUGGAAGAUUUCCAACCUGUGGCAGCCUCAGAGACCAACUGGGAGUCAGUCACAAGCUCUAUCUCAGGGGUAUCCUAUCACUCUCCAUCAGUAACGGAUCCCACUCUCACUGUGGAUGCUCUGGACAAAACAGUUGCAGAAUUUGAUACUGUGGAAGAUCUGCUCAAGCACUUCAAUCCCGAAUCAUGGCAAGAAGAUCUUGAGAAUCUGUAUUUGGACACCCCUCAUUAUCGAGGCAGGUCAUACCAUGACAGGAAGUCAAAAGUUGACCUGGACAGGCUCAAUGAUGAUGUCAAGCGUUACAGUUGCACUCCCAGGAAUUACUCAGUCAAUUUAAGAGAGGAGCUGAAGCUGACCAAUGUGGUCUUCUUUCCGCGUUGCCUCCUCGUGCAGCGCUGUGGAGGAAAUUGUGGCUGUGGAACUGUCAACUGGAAGUCCUGCACGUGCAAUUCAGGGAAAACCGUGAAAAAGUAUCAUGAGGUAUUAAAGUUUGAGCCUGGCUACUUCAGGAGGAGGGGCAGAGCAAAGCACAUGGCUCUCGUUGACAUCCAGUUGGAUCACCACGAGCGGUGUGAUUGUAUCUGCAGCUCCAGACCACCUCGAUAAAAGAAUGUGCACAUACUUACAUUAAGCAUGAAGAAACCUUUAGUUUAAGAAGGGUGUGGUAAGAGACCCUUUUCCUGCCAGCAACCGAACUUAUUACUAUCCUGCAAAGCAAUGAAUACAAGUGGUUGCUGAGUUUCAGCCUAGCUUUGUUAGUGCCAUGGCAAAUAGAAAGGUGUAUCAUCAACCUCUAUAUCCAAGAAUAUAGGAUUGCAUUUAAUAAUAGUCUCUGAGGAUAUAUCCAUGUCUACAUGUAAAUAGAUCAUCUGGUUUAUUCAGUAUAUAUAACCAGGUACACCAGAGCUUACAUAACGUUGAGUUAUUUAGACCCUUAAAAUCUUUUGACAAAAUAAGGGAUAAGUAAAUUCAUGAAACAUGUCUUUGGAAUAUUUGGAAGAUUAAUUUAUUUUUAAAUUUUGAAUCACAAAACAAUUUUGGAUCUUGCUCUUUUAAAGAAAGCACCUUGUGUAUUAAAAACCAACAGAUGAGCUUUUCUUAUGGAUACAUCUUAAUUAUAUAAAAGGAAAAUAAGGAAAAGGCACAAACCAAACUAUUUUUUCCCAUGAGAUACACUACAUACUUACCUAUGUAGACAGUAAUUACCUGCCUCCAAAAGCAUGCCAUGAUAACAUAGGUGCUUUAGAAAUUAAGCCAUUAAAUCCUCUUUUUAUGCAUCUUGCUGAGGUAUGCAAAUUCAUUUAACACCAGUCAGAAAAAAAUUUCUCAGAAGGUUUCUUAUUAUAAUCCUACACAAGACAAUUUAUAAACUAUAGCAGAAGUUUGAAUUCUUUCUUUCCAAAAACCCCUCCACAGAAGUAAGUCCUUUGGAGAAUGACAUUGGGACUCUGUAUGAGCCCUUCAAAAUAGUGUUCAUCGAAAGAUUUGGGCAAUUAAAAGUAAAAAAAGUAAGCAUGGAAGUAGUAACACAACUGGAAAUUGGAUGGAACAUUUGAUAGGGUCCAUAUUUAAUAAUGGAUUCAAAUUCUUUAAACUGUGCUAAUUGAUUUUAUGUAUUUUACUUUUGUGUUCCUGUCUUUUUGCUAUACAGACAUGGAUUUACAAUGGCAUUUUUCUGUUUGGCAAACCAUCAUGGAUUAUUUAUAGCCUAAAAGCUUUUGCGUAUUAAAACAAUUCAGAUUUGGUGAUGUAAACCCCUAUCAUAUACUCACCCACCAUUCUGAAUUUCUGUUUCUGAAUUAAGUGAAAUCAGAUCUGGGGUCUCUAGUUCUUUUACAGAUCUGUGGAGCAUGUUCUAAGAAGUCAUGGUGCAAAUUAUGGGAGAACAAGUUUGGCCCUGCUCACCACUAUUUUUUUUUAUUUGCAUUAGGAGUUAUUAUUGGUAUAUAGAUUAAUUUUUUUCUCUCUGGCUCCUUCAUGUCUAUUUUAAAGAAGACUGACUCCAGGAGUAGGAAGUGAUUCAUCAUCCUCCAAAGCAAGACUCUUAAGAGAGCAACACUGAAAUGAAGAUAGGUCAGGGGCUGCUCAGAAAGAACUAUAUUUUUCUUUCUGCCUUGAAAGAAAAAAGGAGAGCCGAUUUCUUCUGUGAGUCCUGGGCCUUACUGACUAAAACCAUUUGAGUGAGAGGUAUGUGACAGGAACUCAUUAAGUCUCUGUGUCAGAUGAGUGGCCUAAAUAUACUUGGAUUUCUAAGCAUGGUGCUUUCGGGACCAAAUUCUCAACUGUCCUUAGCUCAUUUCCUCUCAGCUCUUUGAGAUGAAAAGCUAGUGCUUAUUAAAGAUAUACCUUCAAAAUUUCCCUAAAAGUGUCUGGUGUUUUUACUUCAAGGGGCGAGUGGUAAAAUUAAAUACUCCAUUGUUCAGUUGUUCAAAAUCCCAGAGCACAAUCAGAAAUAGCUGAGCUAAUAAUCAGGAACCACUCUUCCUCUUUAUGACCAUUUGCAAGUUUCCUAUGAAAAUAUAGGAUUCCUGUACCAAAAUAAAAAUGUGCCGUAUCACACUAGCUUAUUCAGCUUACAUCAUAUCUGUGAGUAUGAAAAAUUAGAGUGUUCUACCUAAUUUUCAAUAAACUUUCCAGGCUGCAAUACCCAGGAUGGUUUUCAGUUAAAGCCCUACCUGUACUUUUUAUUUAUUAGCUGAAAUGUAAGCAGGCAUAUUCAUUCACUUUUCUUUUUUCUUUCUUGAGUGUUUUAUUAAAACUUCUCCCUUGGUUAUCUGUUAUCUAUUGUAUUUCCAACAUGUAGCCAAUAAAUCUGUUUCAUUGCCAUCAAAGGAAUAAAAGCUCACUAUACAAAUUACAUUUCAAAACAAA